UAAGCAAUAUAUACGAUGGCACUUACAGAUGUCCAGAUGGUUCAGCACCAAGUAUCAGGCAUAAAAGAAUUUCGGGAGUGCUUGGGGCUGCCUCAAGUGUUACUUCGAUUCAAGUGGCAAAUUUAUUGCGUUUGUUUAAGAUUCCCCAGGUCAGUUUCUUUUCCACAAGUCCAGAGCUCAGCAACAAACAGCGAUUUGAAUACUUCUUGAGAACUGUUCCAUCAGAUACAAAUCAGGCAGAUGCAAUGGUGCAAAUAAUUCACAGGUUGAAUUGGACAUAUGUUUCGAUUCUGUAUGAAGAGUCUACUUAUGGAAUACAGGCUUUUACUGUUUUGGAAGAACUCUUGUCCAAAGGGGAAAUUUGCAUUGCAGUUAAAGAACGAUUAACCAAAGACUCUGGAGUAGCUGGAGAUUCAUAUUACGAUAGUAUUGUCCAAAAAUUGAUGGCUAAACCAAGUGCAAAGGGAGUUAUAAUUUUUGGAUCAGAUCAAGAGGUCGCAGGUGUAAUGCGAGCAGUUAGGCGAAACAACUGCACUGGCGCAUUCUCAUGGAUUGGUAGUGACGGUUGGAGUGCAAGAUCUUUGGUGUUCGAUGGAAACGAGCAACAAGUAGAGGGGACCAUUUCAGUACAGCCACGGGCACAUCCCGUAAAAGGGUUUGAUCAGUAUUUUCAGCGGCUGACGGUGGAAAACAAUAAAAGAAAUCCUUGGUUCACGGAAUUCUGGGAACACUUUUUCAGCUGCAGGUGGCCGGGCAGUUUAAAAACUCCUUACAAUGAUGCUUACAGUCGUAAUUGCUCUGGUAAUGAAACUAUAUCAAUUGAAAAUGGCUACGAAGCGGAGAAGCAGUUACAGUUUGUGAGUGACUCAGUUCUAGCUUUCGCUUAUGCUUUGAAAAACCUUCAUGCUGAUUUUUGUGAGGGUAGACCAGGGCUUUGUCCAAAUAUGAAUCCUAUUGACGGCGCUGUACUACUUAGUUAUCUAAAGAACGUAAAAUUCCAAGGUUUGAGCAGUGACGAAUUUCAGUUUUCAAACAAUGGGGAUGGUCCCGCACGCUACAACAUAAUUCACUUCCGUCAGAUUUCUCGUGGAAAUUACAAGUGGAUACGAGUAGGAGAAUACAGAGAUGGCGAAUUGAUUCUAAGCUUAGAAGACAUCAGAUUUAAAUGGAACAAAUCGGCAAUACCAGUGUCUGCAUGCAGUCUGCCGUGCGGGAUUGGUCAAGCAAAAAAGUACGUAGAAGGUAGCAACUGUUGCUGGCACUGCUUCAACUGCACCAAGUACCAGAUAAUUCACGAAGAGACAGCCUGUCAGGACUGUAAAAAAGGUUACUUGCCAAACAUUAACCAUACAGCUUGCGAAGAAAUUCCUUUACAGUACAUGCAGCUAGACAGUUAUUGGGCCAUUGGAAUCAUGACCUUUUCUUCCCUGGGUAUAGUCAUGACUCUUUUUGUAGUAGCUGUUUUUUUGAAGCACCACAACACCCCAGUUGUGAAAGCCUCAGGUCGUGAACUCAGCUACGUUCUUCUGGCGGGUAUAUUGCUUUGUUAUGCAAUAACUUUUUUACUAGUGCUGAAACCAUCUGAUAUUAAAUGCGGCGCACAGAAGGUUGGUAUAGGUUUCUGCUUUACAGUUGUGUACAGUGCCGUUUUAACUAAAACUGAUCGCAUCAACAGGAUUUUCAGAUCAGGAGCGAAGACUAAGAAGAAACCGUCUUUCAUCAGCCCGCAAUCGCAACUUUUAAUUUGUGGUGCCAUUGUCUGUGGUCAAAUAGUGUUGUCAGUGGUGUGGAUGAUUGCGAAACCACCAAAGGCGAUAUACUAUCAUCCAUCUAGAGACGUGAGCCACUUUGUGUGUACUGCUUCUAUAGACGCUACUUACAUUGUAGCAUUUGCAUAUCCAAUGCUAUUAAUUCUUAUUUGCACUGUGUAUGCAAUACUCACGAGGAAGAUUCCAGAAGCAUUUAAUGAAUCCAAGUUUAUUGGUUUUACAAUGUAUACCACUUGUAUCGUUUGGUUAGCUUUUAUACCUUUGUAUUUUACAACAACAGACCAUAAUGAGAUCAAUGUUUUCACUAUGUCAGUGACAGUUAGCCUUAGUGCAACCGUGACACUUUUCUGCCUUUUUACGCCAAAAUUGUACAUAAUUCUUCUCCAUCCAGAGAAAAACGUCAGGCAACCCUUGAUGAAUACUGGAAAAUACUGUGGUGCUAAUGGUAAUCGGGUGGCUUCCAGUACUGCUGAGCGGUCUACAAUUUCCGAAGGUAAAAAUUUGUUAUUCCUUUUUCCUUUAGCUGACAUUCAUAUUAUGCUUUAG